CUAAUUAAUUGCCUUUUGUGGUCACGCAUCUAGCUAGGAUGUCACAACCAAUCUGUAUACUUGCAUGUAGUUUGUAUUAGUGUAUUAUACUAAUAUACUGAUGUUAUUUCUGUUUUAAAAUAUGGCACUUAGCUGGACUGUGUUUGCUAUUAUAUUGUAUUCACUCUAAUGUGAUGCCUCAGGUGCUGUUAUUUUUUUUUUAAAAUUAUAUAUGGCAGUCUUUGAUAAUUUUUAAAUAUUCUUAAUAGACCAACCACCAAUCCUUAGUCGGAUCAAUAAUCUUAAUUUCCUUAAUCCUUAUUUUACUGAUUUAAAUUAGACGUGAUAUGUAUUAUCAACUAAUAGCAUAGCCUACAUAGGUGCCUUGCAUGUUAUUCAUUUACCUUGAAUACUGCUGAAAGUUUCUCCAUUUUCUAUCCUGCUGGUCAACUAUAUAUUGCUGUGAGAGGUACAAUUUAAAUUUCUUUCAGGAAGCACAUUGGUGGUUAGCAUUUUUUUCUGAAAGUUUCUGGAGAUAAUACAGUUGCAGGUCAGCUUUGGCUGUGGAUGUUUGUGCCAGAUACAUUUUUCAGCAUUCUUGCAAUCGCUCAGUCGAUAAGACAAGAUAGCUAUUCAUAAGAUUUAGUCAGGUGUGGCUGCAAGUUACGAAAGAAUUGUCAGCAGCACACCAAUAUUGAUAGAUAGUAGGAGAGAUCAUGCUUUAUACAGUAGACACAGAUCAGAUGAGUACUUUCCCAGAUCACAUUGAUUCAGAAAUUCAGCCAGUUGUUGAGUCUGAUCCUCCAGAGUCUCUUGUAAAGAACAAAAGGACUGUAGCAGGUAAAAAGGAUAAACAGAAAAAGAAGCUUAAUUCCAAUGUUGAGGCUGCUAUAGGGAACCCCUGGACCACUGGAUUGUUCAACUGUCAUGAAGACUGGACAAAUGCGGUUGUAACAGCAUUUUUACCUUGCAUAACAUUUGGACAAAUAGCUGAAGUACUGGAUGAAGGAGAGUUAUCAUCUCCGUGGGGAAGUUUCAUUUACUUGCUGAUGAUGCCUGCUCUUUGCUCUCAAUGGAUAAUGGGCUCGAAAUACAGGAAAAAGCUGAGGAAGAAAUAUGAUUUGGUUGAAGCUCCCUACACUGACAAGGUCUCACACAUUUUUUGCUUGUGCUGCUCCCUUUGCCAGGAUUACCGAGAGCUUAAAAACAGAGGACUUGAUCCUUCUCUAGGCUAGAAAGGUAUCCUGGCUCAACAAAAGGGAAAACAAGCUGAAGAUCAGCCAACAGAGACUCCUCCAGCAAAGCAGGAGAUGGUCAAGUAAAAAAGAAAUAAUUAAAUUGCUGAACAGACUUUUGUUGUGCGCUUAAAUAUAAUCUUGCUUAUAAUUUCAACAUUAUGUAUCAAUUUUUUGAGGUCUCGAAUCAGGCCAUGCUAUCUAUGCAUACAAUGCAAGCUACCUAAAUAUGAAGGCUGAAAGGCAAAUUGAAAUAAUUAUGUGUUAACUCCAACUGCAGCAAAUUAUCAUUUCCCAUACUCCAGCUAUAUUGUCCAAACUCUGAAGGUCUUAAUAUACAUCGAUGUAUUUGUAACUCGGAUAAGCCCCCACAUACUUCAGCAUACUACUCCCUCUAUUUCAAAAUAAAUGCUUCAUUUUGAUCGUCACAAUAAUGCGGUACUUUAAACAAUGCUCUCUUCGUCACACAAUACAAAGCCUAUUUGGGGUUUUUCAUGAGAAUUAAAGAGAUUGUAAAUUCCUUAAAACUAAUGAUUGAGAGUACAUAUGUGCAUGUGAGGUUAGAGAUAGAUAGAGGGAAAUAAAAAGUAGUUGACAAUUAUUGAAGAGAGGGUAAGAGAAAGUGUUGAAAAAUAACGUCAGAAGUACCAAAAAAAAAAAAAAAAAGGGGGGGAUGACAACUCAUCAAAAAGAGGGUAAUAAUCUCAAAAAGUACAACCGUUAAAUAGAAAUAGGCGUUAUACUUUAAUUUACCCAAAAAGCAAUACAUGCUUUGCAUUGUGUCACGAGGGAGUAAUAUAUUUAGUUAUCAAUAAUGUAAGUAUAAUUUAUAUAAAAAAAUUGAUUUUCGAAAACUAUAGACUGAGACGAUUCUAGGUUUGAUCUUAUAUAAGCACUUUAUUUAAGUAUAAAUUAUCCAUAUCACUUUCACCCCUACCCAUACGAGUCAGUUUGCUCUUAUAUAAGCACUUUAUUUAAAAUAAAAAUCAUAAUCUGCAUCAUAACCUUUUACAAAAUAAUUAUUUUUUUUAACCCUUCAAAAAAAAAUAAUAAAAAAAAUAAUUUUUUUAAAGAAAACUCAAUGAAGAAGAAAACAAGGGAAAUUACGAGAAAAUACAAGUCUAUCACCCUGAUAAACAAAAUUUGUUAGUCAAAUAAUAAAACUGUUGUUAGAAGAUAAAUAUGAAUGCCUAUAAUUAUUUGAUUUGAUUUCACAAUGUUCACACGAGUCCAAAGACUUGUGAACUUGUGUGGCAUUAUAUGUAAAACUCUUGGCUAUAUAAGCCAUGUUACCGGAGCAAUAUACAUAAUCAAUUUCUCCAUCUUCUCUUACUCCUUUAUAAAACUUUCUAUCGGUAAAACUUUAACACGUUAUCAACACCAGUUUUCAGUCAGGUAUAUUUAUACCUACUUAUAAAAAUUUAUAACAAAAUAAUACUAUCUACUUCUAACUGUUUCGAGGAGUAUGCUCUAUAGUUGCCCAUAUUUGGGAUCCUCUAUAACAGAAACUCAAACAUUUACUAUAUAUACCUCAAAAAA